AUGACGGCUGAGGGAGCGCCUUCGAGUGAGCUGGACUGUUGUGAACACAGAAAUAAGAAAAGCUUAUUUAAGGCGAAGGAAGUGCGGAAAAAAUUGAAGACGACAAGAAGAUUUUGCGAGGAGUGUGAGCGAACUGCUAAGAAUGGAACUGUUCCUCAAUCGUCCAAUGCUGACCUGUUCAUUUGUGUCACAUGCGGUUUUCUGACAUGUUCUUCGCAUGCGAAAAAGCACUGGGAAGCUGCCCGAACUGGAGAAAAACAUCCUCUAAUUUUCAAUAUGGCCACCUGCGAAGUCACGUGCCAAGCAUGUAAUUUACAACUCAAUCCAUUAGACGACCCCCAAGAUCUCGUCAAACUAUUCUGCAAUGAGUAUAGAUCCUUCUCAAAAGCGAAGGUAGAUCCCAAAGCAGUACGCAGACCUUCUGAGCAAAAGUCCUCAUGUAAUGGAGUUUUGCCGUCUCAGCAAACACCAAAUGAGGAAUCUCAGCAAGUGAUGACCGCGAAACCAUGUGAGGAGCUUUAUGAUGUGAAAGAUGCUCGACCACGACAACUCAUGAAGAGGUGUCCCAAUGAAGUAAUAAUGAAUGAUACGAUGAUUCCGGCGAAGGGCCUUGCUAAUCUUGGAAACACGUGUUUUUUCAACAGCGUUAUGCAAUGUAUGAUGCAUACGCAUCACCUCACUGAUUAUUUUCUUCGUUUUGGGAAGGUUACUACCUUGAACUUUCGAGAGCCACAGAGUGUCAUUGUUAACGAAGAAAAGAUAGAGUUAGAACCGGCAGUUAUUUCCGUUCCAAUUGAUCCCUCUCCACUCAAUUCUGUGCUUCGUGGGUUCAUUGCAGAAUUUCACUGCGGUGCAUCGCCUUCUCCCGGAUCAGUUUUCUCACAGAUUUCAUGCAAAACACCACGCUUCAAAGGUUACCAACAACAAGAUGCUCACGAAUUACUUAGGUAUCUUUUGGAUGGCUUGCGAAGUGAGGAACUUGAGCGGUACAAGUCUGGUAUUGCUUCAUACUUUGGAGUUUCUCCAAAAAUGAACAAGAAGAAAGUGGACUCGGAAACGAUCAAGCUGGCUAAAGGUUAUCUGCAAGCGGCAGGACGACCUUUACUUGAUAUGGUGUUCGGUGGCACUCUUCUUCAGACAAUACUUUGUUCGGAAUGUGGUCAUGUUAGUGAACGACAUGAGCAGUUCCUUGAUCUGUCUAUACCUGUUUCACUGGCCGGUACAGGUCGUUUUCGGUCAGGUCGCAGCGUAACGGGCGCAAGUGAUCGACGUCAGCCUCAGAAUAAAAAAAGAGGACGUGGAAAGUGUAGAGUCUCGGCUCAGAACAGUGGUAUAAUCGAAGACGAUGUAGUCAAUCGGCAUGAUAUCGCAACACCUUACGAAGAAAAUAUAGGAUACUCGGACGAUGAAAUGGAGAGAUUGGUAGCGGGCGUGAACAGACUGGAUUUCACCAAAGUCUUCGUUCGUCCUCCUGAAGAGUACAGAGAUGGUGUGUGCAGUAUAGGAUCGUGCCUUCUUGAAUUCACUGCGCCUGAGCAACUCCAGGGAACAAACGCGUAUGAAUGUGAAAACUGCUGUGCUCCACGUAACAAAAAGGAAAAUGCUAUUGGAAGUCAAAAGAAACGUGUUUCUGCGUUGAAACGAUAUCUGAUAUAUGAACCACCAGCUGUCCUCACUCUGCAUUUAAAAAGAUUCCAACAGAUAGAGGGAAUAACAGGAAGGAUGUCAGCGAGGAAGUUGAGCGGACAUGUUUAUUUCCCUCUGAUGUUCGAUGUAGCACCAUUUUGUUGUCGAAACGUGGAACGUACAGCCCCCGGAGAAAAACGUCUGCUGUAUUCACUCUAUGGUGUAGUUGUACACUCAGGCAGCCUUUCGGGUGGUCACUACAUCGCAUAUGUUAAGAGCCGCCAUAGACUGAAGCAGGCUCAUGCGUUCCUCGAGACUGCAAGGAACACCUGUGCUGACGCAUUAUCUAAUCCAGUCUGUACAUCUUUGGAAGAUCUUCCGGAAGAUCUUCACUUGCUGAACGAUGGCCAAUGGAAAUCUACAAAUGAGUUCCUACUCACGGAUAUUGACAAUGGCAAUCUGGCUCAGAUCACGUUGGUCAACUUUCCUUUUCUCAUGCUAGGCUCGCUCAGGUAG